AAAAGAUAAAAAAGGGUCACACCAUCCGUCCGGCUUUUUCCAUUCGUUCCGAAAAUAAGCUUCUUUAUGAAUUAAGGUGGUGCGCGUGGAGAGUAGAGUGCGUCGGCUCGAAGGGAUCUCGACGUUCCGAGUAGUAGCACUUGCGUCGGUAGCAACUACACGUCCGCGACAGUCAACAAGACUUUCGUCCACCUGCGUGCCUCUUUGCUUAGUUCUCUCCCUUUUCUCGCGGUCGCUUAAAUCGCGCUUUCCCGAUGCUGUGCUGCGUGUCGAAAAAGUCGGCGGCGGCAGGUAUUGAUGCUGCCGAGUUGACCCUGAAUAGGUGCUCGCGGGUAGCCUCCCUGAUCCUUGUGAAUCACGCGAAUGAGUCGUAUUCGAAUUCAAAGUCUAAUCUAAUCGCUACAGGAAAUUGCAGAAGGGAGGAGAAGAAGGAAGAUGAGGAGGAUCUCGAAAGGAGACUCUCGUUGCGGGAAAAAGCAGAUGCACCGACGGUCCUUCUGCCGUGCGCCAUUUGCGCACGAACGUUCAAGCCGCAGUCGCUCGAGAAGCACAGGAGGAUUUGCGAGCGAUCGGCACUCAAGAAACGGAAGCCUUUUGACUCGGCGAAGCAGAGGAUCCAGGGAACCGAGUUGGCCGAAUUCGCGCCGAAGCGGGAGACCAGAGGCCCGUCCCAGGACGGUUCGCAAGAGAGGAUUCGGGACAGGUCUCCGAAGUCAAAGUCCGGCUGGAAACAGACCCAUGACCAGCUGCUGCGGGCCCUUAGGGAGGCGCGCCGUGAAAACGUAGAUGUGCCGCCACGGCGACAGAAGACUACGACGCCCGCAUCUAUAACGACGACAACGGCGUCAUCGACGACAACGACGACGGCGACGGCGGCGACGGCGGCGAGUACGUUGUCCGUAUCCAGUGGUGCCCCGACACGAGCCAACGAGAAAGGCACGUGUCCCACGUGCAGUCGACAGUUCGGCAUAAAGGCCUAUGAUCGGCACGUCGCUUGGUGCAAGGAGCGGGCGAUCCGACUUCCCCUGAGUCCAGCGACGAACGUGGCCAAGGAACGUCUCGAAGCUCGAAUGAAAUAUCGAGCACCGAUUCUCAAGAAUCGGCGAGCCUUCAAUCGGGAAAAGUACUCGCCUGGAUCGGUUGGCAAUUUCAAUGCUUUUGGAUGCAAAACAUCGCCGACGUCACCGACAUCAACGACAUCAACGACAUCAACGACAUCCAAUACCGCAGCUGCUAGGGAGAGUCUCUCGAUGCCGGCCUGUAACAAGAUCCAGGAAACGGUUCUCAAUACGAAACGGACUGUCAGUUCGACGACGGGCAGACGUUUAUCCCAUGGUGGAAUGCCAAUGGCUGCACCUCUGACCUCAGUGCUUCCCUGCAGCGGCAGUCUCACUGGUUCCUCAAAAUAUUGCUCCGCGGAUCGCAACAACAGUAACAUCGGAACCUCGGCCGAACCGGUUGUUACCGACCUGCAGAGUGACGAUCCGUUUUACCUGGCUGAGAGGCAAAUGAACGAGCUCUCCUCCACGGACGCAUCCGAUCGAUCGAUCGAUCCGACGAUUACGAUUACGGACCAUUCUCCUUCCACCCUCAACUCCAACUUUCCUCUCUCUCGUUCACCCUCGGCCUUCGUAAAAUACGUCGGGCACUUCGACCUCAAUCGAAAUUCCAACCCGAAUCGCUCCACGGAGAAGCGCUCCUCGGUUAUUGCUCCGCCAUCGCAGUUUGACGAUUCAACGUCCUCCGAGUUCUCAAGCGAUUCGACGGAAACAAAUUCUCUUUCGCGUGAAAUUUUCACGGAGGCAUUUUGCGAGUCGGCCGCGUCGAGACAGCAUCGAAUCGCGAUCGACAAGUCGAGACCGUCGGCGAACCUUGACGCAAAUUCGAAUUCGGGCCGCGAUAAGACUUUCGGAAACUCCAGAAAGAUUCUAGAAAGGGUGUCAGGGAAGAUCGCGAGACCCAGUGUCAAUCGAUCUCAGUCGGUUCGCAGUACUUCGGCUCCGGGGCCGCCGGUCUCUCAGGAACGCAAUCGCUCGUUGGGCUCCAGCAAAAAGGGGAAUCUCCGGGCAUCCGGGCACAGCCCAGCGGCUCUGAAACCAGCUACAGAUCAGAACUCGAAGGGCAAGAAGAAAAUAUUCGUUUCUGCAAAUAAGAAUAAUCUUCCCAUGUCGAUUAGCAAUCUCAGCCUGAGCUCGAUCGUUUCGUCGGAGCUAGACGCUAAAAGACCGAACUACAUGCGCGAGGAAUUGACGAGUUCCUUCGAGGAUGACGCUGCUUCCUCCUCUUCCUUUCCGCUCCUGAGAUCCUUCUUAAAAACCGAUUUGGCAUUCGGCCCAUCGAGUCCGAUCGAUCGAAGCGAUCGAAGCGAUCGAAGCGAUCGAACCGAUCGAACCAAUGCUCAGCGAAAUAGCGAGGACGACGAGGAGAAUCUCUCUUCGCCCGACAGCUACAAGCGACACGAUAGGGAUCCUACCAAACACACGGUCGACUCUGCCUAUAGCAGCUUGAAUCGAAAAUACUCGAAUCACGGACGCAGCGGCGAGGACGUCGUGGCCCUUGGGAGCCGAAGAUUCUACGAGGAAGACGUCCCGGGAUCGCCGCCCCGGUGCAAAAUGUCCAAGUUCUGUCACGAGUGCGGAUCAAGAUUCCCUGAAACUGCCAAGUUCUGUUGCGAGUGCGGCGUCAGGCGACUUGCCUUCUGAGUUCCUGGCUCUUUCGCUCUGCCCUUUUUAUUCCUUUUCAUAGGACACCUCCGGGGCCCCUCCGCAUUCAGCAAAUUUAUCGUGAAUUUUUUUACAGUUUUACACGACAAAACGUUAGAAUAAGAAUCACGAUGGCAGUCAUGAUCAUUUUAAUCGUCAUUAAGUUACUUAUAAGUCUUCAUUAACGCUAGAUCGAUUGUACGUAUUAAUGCGGCAGUAAAACCAUUUAUCAGUAAAUAUAUCUAGGAAGAGAAGCAUCGAGGACUUGUAUAUUGAAUUUGUAUUUGCAAUAAAAGUCAGCUAUGUCGAGAA